GUGAAUGCAGAAAGCAGGGCCCUCCCUGUCUUUUCUGGGUCUGUCUUAUCCUGGGCUUGUGCUGUCUAGUGGCCUUGGUUGCUUCUCUGUUUACAGGAAUUUGAAGGCCCCCUUCUACUUCCCAGAAGACAGACCUUCUCCCUCUACUGGCUGUUCUACUGCAGGACUUAAGGCAGAGGAGGAAGAACUGAUAAUCAGCAGUAUCAGACAUUCCCCAAAAGACUUUGGAUUCCAACAGUUUCAUGGCCUCAGGAGCUUCACAGGAAGCCCCCACUUCCCAGGGGCUGGAGCAUUCAAAGCAGGAGGAGAUCUACCAGGAACUGGCCUGGAGUUGAACUUCCUGCAGCUGCAGACUUCCAAGAGUAACCGUUUCACCUGGAUGGGGCUCUCAGACCUGAAACAUGAAGGCACGUGGCGCUGGUUAGAUGGUUCACCUCUGUUGCUCAGCUUCAUGCGGUAUUGGAACAAAGGAGAGCCCAAUCGUAGUGGUGAGGAAGACUGCGCAGAAUUUAGAGGUGAUGGCUGGAAUGACUCCAUAUGCAAUUUGAGCAAAUUCUGGAUCUGCAAAAAGGCUGCAGUCUCCUGCUCCAGUGACGAAGACCAAAUUCUGUCCUCAGCCCCUGCAACCCCAACCCCACUGCUGGAUCUCAGAAUUUUACCCACUCUUGUGCCAGAGUUCCUUCUCCCAAUCCACAGAGGUUGA